AUGGCAACCGGCCAGGAUGCUACCCGAGUUCCCCUGUCAGUUCUUUCUUCAGGGCACUUUGCUGCUGUCAAACAUGCCAUGUCCAACCUUUUGGGCUCGAUUGCAGCUCUCGACACAUAUGCUCAAGUGGCGAAUGGCAUUCCAGUCCCAAGAGUCCCAAGGGCCGGGGAAGAGGAUGACGACCCGUGGUGGCUAGAGGAAAACCCGGAUCCCGAACCCAGCCAAGAAGCACACGAGAUUGCCAAAACCAUUCGGGAUGGAUUUUAUGUGGAAACAGAUGAGAUUGAUGCUCAGGUUGCCCAACGAUUUCAAGAUGAAGAACCCGCUUCCCGACAGUUCUAUCUACGUCUGAUUGAAAUCGUCGUCAUUCUAUGCCAUGACAUAGCAGCCACUCUAUUCGACAUGCUCGAAGGAUGGUCACGCAAGCCAGUGGCGACGAAACCUCCAUGA